AUGAAUCCCAAUGAUUUUGUCGUGAUUCCGGGCAACAAAUCUGGCACAUCUGUUAAACUAAAAGCAAGAAAUCUUCGGGAGCUACGAUUAGAAACUCUGCAGCUAGAACUAGACAGUGAUGUAAUGGAACAGAGGUUGCAGCAACUUCGACAAACCAUGCGUAAGGAAAAGGAGGAACGGGAGCGAUCGGGACCAUAUCAUUGGAAGUCUGGACAGAUGGGGAGUCUUGUUAAUCAUGCGCAGGUAGUGCUGAGAAAUAAAGAAAAUUUUAAUCAGAAGAUAACUUCUGGAAAGACAAAAAUCAGAAUAUUGAAGGAUCAUCCUGAAGAGCCUCGGAAACGUGCAAUCAUCGAUGCAGCAGUUAGUGAAACUGAAAAUCUAAAAGUUAAGGGGAAAUUAUGUGGACAGUGUGAGAUCAGAAGUCCUGUGCUGGUUUGUGUGGAGUGUGGAGAGGAUUACUGUUCUAGCUGCUUUGCUAAAUUCCAUCAAAAGGGGGCACUGAAGCUUCACAGAUUUUCUCCCUUUCAGGCAGAGGAACAUGCAUCAAGCAAUUCAUUGCAUUUAGUCAGCCAAUUUAAAAAACAAAUUGAAUUGGACCCACCUGUGAAUACUAAGCAGUUUCUGAAGAAACAUUUUUCACUAAGGAAGUCUUCAUCUCAAAUGGCCGCUCCACAACAUGUUGAAAGCAAGAAGAUGGUGAGUCAACGGUUUGUGAGCAAAGCAUCAGAGCAGACCAUUUGA